AUGGAGAGAGAGGAGAGGUGUGGAGUGGCAAUUUCUGAAGCCGCGGCAGGGCUUGCGGCGGCUGGGAGGGGAGGCGCGGCGCCGACGGCGGCUAGAAGGAGGGCACAGCGUCGGCGGCAGGGCUCGCUGCCAACUAGAGGGGUGCGUGGCGCCAGCGGAAGGAGGGGCUCACGGGGGUCGGCAGUGCCGGCGGCGGUGGCAAGGAGGGGCUCACAGAGGCUGCUGGGCAGGGGAGGCGGCGGCUGGGAGUCUUGGUGGUGGUUGAUUCCGGCGACGGUGCUGGCUAGCAGAGGAUGCAGCUACAGCGAGAAGCAAGUGCAAGAUCAUAUGAAGACCACAGAGGCUUGGGAAUCGGCAAAAAAUGACGAUGACAACAUACAACUUGUGAAAAGAGUGGAUACGAGUCAUAUCGUCUUGAUGUAAGAGAGUUAAUGGUAUUGGUCAAUGAUACUCACAACUAUGUAUAUCGUAAGGUUCGAAAGAAACAUCACGUCUUAAAGAAAG